AUGGAAGGGACACACACUUUUCAUUAUAUCCUCUAUCUUCUCAAUUCUGCAAACGAAGUCCUCCAGAACUUUCUGCUGUCACAGGUGGCAAUAGAGAAAUCCAUCCUGCAGGCAGAUAAAGCCCUCAGUGAUGGGGAGAAGGCUGUAGUAGAGGAGCAGGCCAGGAGGGAGACAGCUGAGAGGGAACAGAAGCUGCUGAAACAGAAACUGCAGGAGCUGGAGCAGCAGACGGAAGCACGACAGAGGAGUCUCCAGGAAAACAUAGCCCAGCUGACAGAGAAGCUGGCGAGGAGAAGAGAAAAGCUACUGAGAGAGCACAAUAUGACGUUGGAGCAUAAGCUGAAGGUCCAGGAAGCUCUGCUUAAGGAAGGAUUUAGAAAGAAAUCUGAGGAGAUGAAUGCAGAGAUAAAUCGUUUGAAAAAUAUGAUUGAUAAUACUAAAGAUGAUGAUACUCCCUGGCUGGCAGUAGCCUUGGACGAAUUUGGCAAAGAGAUCUCUUCACUAUUGUGCACUCCAGGCAAACUUCUUGGUCAUAUUGCAAACGAAGUCCUCCAGAACUUUCUGCUGUCACAGGUGGCAAUAGAGAAAUCCAUCCUGCAGGCAGAUAAAGCCCUCAGUGAUGGGGAGAAGGCUGUAGCAGAGGAGCAGGCCAGGAGGGAGACAGCUGAGAGGGAACAGGAGCUGCUGAAACAGAAACUGCAGGAGCUGGAGCAGCAGACGGAAGCACGACAGAGGAGUCUCCAGGAAAACAUAGCCCAGCUGACAGAGAAGCUGGUGAGGAGAAGAGAAAAGCUACUGAGAGAGCACAAUAUGACGUUGGAGCAUAAGCUGAAGCAACUGGCUUGCUUUACCAGGAUCAUUGCCGAUUACCGGGAACUUGCUACCACCCAGAGACCCUGA